AUGUUGCAGCGUCAGAAAGGUAAUUGGAGAGAGGAGUACGUUGAUAGUGUGUGGAGGAAGGUAUGGCGGAUUAAAGCGCCUGCAAAGAUCUUAAAUCUGGUUUGGAGAUCUCUUGCGUUUUGUUUGCCUACGGUGACAAUGCUGCAGCAGAAAGGAGUUAGGGUGGAGUCCAUAUGUCCAGUAUGCAAGAUGGAAGAUGAAACAGUCGAUCAUGCCUUCCUUCGCUGCCCGAUAGCCAUGCAGUGUUGGAGGUUGAUUCUUCCUGAAAUGCAGUAUAGAGGGCAAAGCUUAUUUCAUUGGUGGGAUCAGGUGAUAGGGAAGACGGACAAAGCAAAACAAGCGGAAGUUGCAGCUGUUUGUUGGGCUCUCUGGAGAGCGAGGAACGAAGUGGUGUGGAACAAACGGUAUACCAGGGUUUAUGUGGUGAUUGCUCAAGCCAAGCAAUAUCUUGAUCAAUGGAGACACGCCCAAAAGAGUGCUGCUUGCACUAGCUUUCCUCAGUUAUAUGAAGGGGAUGACAGUUAUUGUUGGGUGAAGCCACAGGAGUCAAUGAUCAAGAUCUCGGUAGAUGCAGCCACAUUUCAAGAGUUUAAUGCGUCAGGGAUUGGUAUGGUGGCCAGAGAUGAUAGAGGCGAUGUUAUUCUUGCUAGGACAAUGUUUCUGGAAGGCCUGCGAUCUGUAGAAAUGAUUGAAGCUAUGGCAGUUAAAGAAGCGCUCAGCUGGAUUAAGAACCAGAGGUGGCAAAAGGUUAUAGUUGAAUCAGACAGUUUGGUGGUGAUUCAAGCAGUUCGCAGUAAGGUGCAUAUGAAGUCCCCAUUUGGCGAAAUCAUCUUAGCCUGCAGAAGCAUGUUACGCGAACAAAACACAGUGUCGGUGUCAUUUAUUAGACGAUCUGCUAAUAUGGUUGCACAUGAGUUAGCUCGUGCAGCAUAUUCAUUCCCAGAUCGAAUAUUCGAUAGGAGUUCUGUUCCUAUUGGUGUAGCUAAUAUUUUGGAUAAAGAGUCCUAUUAA